ACAACCCACCGCACAAACCCCCUCCUGCCUUUUCUUACAACAAUUACUAGCGUCUCCACUCUGUCAGACCUCAGCCUUUGGAGUCCAAGAAGCGUUGCAAUACUCCAAGCAUCUUCUUUUUCACUUCAAGAAUGGCUGGUGAUCAAGUAACCCUGUUGGAUUUGUGGGCAAGUCCAUUUGGUAUGAGAGUGAGAAUAGCAUUGGCUGAAAAGGGUGUAAAGUAUGAGUACAGUGAACAAGAUUUGUGGAACAAAGGUGCUUUACUUCUUCAAAUGAAUCCUGUUCACAAGAAAAUCCCAGUUCUUGUCGAUGAUGGGAAACCUGUUUGUGAGUCACUUAUCAUUGUUCAGUAUAUUGAUGAGGUGUGGAAGGAUAAGGCUCCUUUGUUGUCUUCUGAUCCCUGCGAGAGAGCUCAAUCUAGGUUCUGGGCAGAUUUUGUUGAUAAGAAGUUAUAUGAGAUUGGGAAGAAGAUAUAUACAACAGAAGGAGAUGAUCAGGAGGCAGCCAAGAAGGAUUUCAUUGGCAGCCUUCAAGUC